AUGAGUAGAAAUGCAAGAACAUACCCUUCAUCACCUGGAAAUGGUGAUCAUAGUAUUCCAUUGAAAAAUCGUCGAGUGGCGCAACGUCCGUCAAUCGUCGAACCACCCGAUCUAGCUGAAGUACGAAAGUCAUCCAUCAAAGUCAAAGGCGUCGAAUAUCAACUGCUACCGGUGGAAAUCGAAAAAGACGCAGAAAUUGGAUUAGUGCUCGGUCAAGUUGACGACGAACCAUAUAUUUUUAUUGAUGAGGUUUUACCAAAUGGCAUGAUCGACAUGCAUGGUGUAUUGAAAGAAGGUGAUUAUUUGAUACAAGCUGGCUCUUACAGUUUGAUCGACAUUGAUAUAACUACUGCUUUGGUACUUGUCGAACGUGCAUAUGAAGAUGGACGAAAAACUGUUUCAUUUGUUGCUGCACGCUCACAAAAGCCUAAUAAUACUUCAAGUAAUGGCGUCGAGAAGAAAGUUUCGAAUAAUCGAAACGCGGCAACCUAUGAUGCUCCUCGUAAAGUUUCGAGAGCACAGUCAUUUGUUGAAUAUGAAAAUAACGAAGAAGAAGAAAGAGAUGACGACAACAAUCCUAAUGGUUUACCAAACAAGGAUGGUGAAGAUGAUACAAGAUUCUAA